UAGAAUGGUUUUACGGGAGAGCUUGUGUGUUGUGGUAGCUCUGCUGAUAACGCAGGUGCUGACUGAAGACGUAGAUUGCAGUUUAGGAGAUUCAACAUCAUCUUGCAAAACUUGCAUCAACGGUACUCGAUCUGGGAAAUGUGCCUGGUGUAAAGAAACGGGCACGUGUCUCCCUUACAACCCAGUUACCGACAUCACAAAUCUUCCGAAUUGUGGCAAGAACUUUUACGCCAGCAACUGCGUGGUUAACCACAAGAUGGUUAUUGUGGGUGUGGGUAUAGCUGCAGGACUUGUUAUUCUCUUUGUGACUGGGUGCACGAUUUGGUGCUGCUGCUGUCGCGGGCGCAAAGCACGCGCUAAGAAGAUGAGGAAACAAGAAGACGAGUAUCAAGCUCAGAGAGACGCUAUUUCUGACAAACAUGAGGCCGGCCGAGCUGACCGACAAGAGAAGCACGAUGCGAUUAGGAUGAAAUACGGUUUGAAAAAGAACAAUGCCUACCAGCAAUUUGACUAACUUAGAAGCUGGUUCGAUAUUACUACCAAACGCAUCCCCCGUUACACCAAGAUAACAUCCCUAACUUCAGAAUUCAGAACAUUUCCUUUAGUUUUGGUUCUAUUCUCUCAGAGGGACUGAGUACAAACAGUAUAUCAUGGACCACAAUUACCACCAUCAUUACUACCAUUAUUACAACCAUACCCUUGCCUUUAGAUCAACUUUUUAGACCGCGAUUUUAGGAGCUUGCUAUUGAGAGCAUACUCAGUAGUAUGUUAGAAAGAUCAUGUGAGUAUUCGUUCCUGCAGUUUAUUAACAAUAAACCUUUUUAAAUAGUGUUAGUGACCGUUGGUAGAAACGUACGUCCGCAUAUUUUCAUAUGCAAGGCGCAAUGUAUGCAUAUCUAUACAAUUGGUUGAAAAGAAAACUGCCCAGUUUGUCGUAGAAGAUUGACCAUGCAAUCAUUGAAAAACAGAAAAUUACAAAAUAUGGUGUAUAUUGACCGUUGUGGACGGUAAAAUGUAAAUAAUACAUUUGAGGUUUGUAAUGUGUAUUUAUGAUGUAAAUCAAAUAAAACUUGACCUAAUAUUGAAUCAAUUAUUUCGAUUCCAGGAUUUUAGUUGAAGAAUAUUUUUCUAUCAAAGAAUGAUUAAAGUAAUUUUAUACUCAGCUUGAUAAUUUCACAAAUUUUUAGUUUGCUAAUUAAUGUUAAAUUUUGAAUUGCUGUUUUUUAAAUAAUUUAAGAAAAAAGCACAGCAUCGUAGUAAUUGCUACCUGUGUAACCUGACUAAUUUGCUGCACUUUAUAAUAUGCAGAUUUUUGAUUCAGCUGCAGAAUUGCAAAGUGGCUAUUUAAACUCAUUUUUUAUGGAGGACGUUUCAUUAGAAAAGUAGUAGUAUUUUAUCAAUUUAAGUAUUAUUUUGGUAUAAAAUAUAUUAUGGAUUGUAGAAUAAA